AUGGCCGCUCUCGCUGCCUUUUCACUCCCUCUCACUACACUCCCUUUUGGCUACGCGUCCUCCGCCCGUUCGUUCUCCUCCACCUCCGCCCGCACUGCAUUCGACACCGGCGUCGACAAACGAGACCAAUUCUUCGGACGCAGGGCCUGCGGAGUCUGCGGACGCACAGGAACCCGUCUAAUACACCGUGUUCCCAUCGUCCCCCAUUCCGAGCGGGAUAUUUGGCGCGAACUCAGAGGCCGCCUUUGGAUCCCCGUCCAAGCCAAGCGGCACAUUGCGAACGAGCCCCGCAACGGUCUCCUCAUGUGCCGAGACCACUGCAGGCAAUUCGAGGCGUAUCAUUUCUUCAUCCGUUACUUCCCCGGCCCCGAGAACGAUCCCAAGCUCGGUCGGUACGUCCUCAUCAACUACGCCGAUUUCCCAGACCUCCGGCCCUUCCACAACAAGGCCGUCGCCCUCGACGCCCAGGACCACCACGCCCCCUUCCCCGCGCUCUUCAUCAUCCACGAGAUGCGCGUUCGCGGCUGGAACCCGUUCAGCCCCACCGCCCCCGACGCCCCCGACGACAUUCCCCCCUGGCAAGACUGGCCCGUAUCUCGCGGCGCUUUGCAGCCUGCGGACGGCGGGCCGGGACUGUUUGUCCGCGGCCUUCCGGCGCGUCAGGCUGCGCCUCCGACGCCGCCUCCCGACUCUCCACUUGCGGGCGUGCCAGACGCGAACGCGGACGAGGGUGGCUCGUCGACUGUCAUUCUCCCGCCUGCGGGUGACGCACUCGUGGAGAUCGUGGCGGCGACGCACACGAUGCCGGCGUGGCAAGCGCGCGAGGUCGAGAACACGAGCCGGGAGGGCGCGGCGGCGGAGGACAUCCGCAUCGAGGUUCAGGAGCCUGCGGAAGCCGGACGGAACUUGUUUGUGUGA